AUGGAAACUGAAACAACUUUCUCCCAUGUUGCGCCAUCGAUUUUUGAUGGUGAUAACUAUCAAGCUUGGGCUGUUAGAAUGACAGUCCAUCUUGAAGCAUUAGAUCUUUGGGAAGUUAUAGAGGAAGACUAUGAUGUUCUCCCAUUGUCGGCGAACCCUACGAUGACUCAGCUUAAGACCCACAAAGAGAGGAAGACCAAGAAGUCCAAAGCUAAAGCCUACUUAUUCUCUGUUGUUUCAAGCACUAUAUUUACAAGAAUCAUGGACCUGGAGUCAGCAAAAUAUAUUUGGGACUACCUCAAAAAGGAAUACCAAGGCAAUGAAAGAACCAAAAAUAUGCAAGUACUCAACUUGAUUAGGGAGUUUGAAAUGCUGAAAAUGAAGGAGACAGAAACCAUCAAAGACUACUCUGACAAGUUGUUGGGCAUAGUAAACAAGGUGAGGUUGCUUGGUAAGGACUUCUCUAAUGAAGGAAUUGUGCAAAAAAUUCUUGUUACUCUGCCUGAAAAGUAUGAGUCUAAAAUUUCUUCAUUAGAAGAAUCUAAGGAUUUGUCAAGUAUAUCCUUGGCAAAAUUGGUGAAUGCAUUGCAGGCAUAA